AACCAGUUUUCUCUCUUAUCUUCGGACAAAUAUGGCGACGAUUAGAAAACUAAGGGGUCGUCGCUCAAUUUUUGUGUCCAGAGUGCCAUGGACGGUUUGUCGAGAUACCCUCAGGGAGCACUUUCAACAGUUUGGGAAAAUCACAAAUACGAAAAUUGCAUUUGAUAAGUUUACAGGCAGACACAGAGGGUUUGGUUUUGUUGAAUUUGAAUCCCUUGAAAGUGCUAAGAAAGCACUUGCUAUCGAAUAUCAUGAGAUUGAGGGAUCUAAGGUUUUAGUUUAUCCAAAUGAAGAACCAUCUGAGGGCUCCACUGAAGUCUGACACUGCCUCAUGUCUCUUCUUGUCAGCAGAAGAAUUGUCAGUUAUUCCAAGACAACAUAGAAUCCUUACUGGAAAAAGCAGUUUAUAGCGAAUUCCAAGCUAAACCUUGCCUGUUUACUUUGGGCAACUUUCUAAAAUAAUUCAAAGUGCUUUUGUGAAUGUUAUGGGCAACUUGUUUGCUAACAGUUGCUUUUUGUGCUUAUUAAAGUGUUAGGAAAAGCUACCAGUAAAUUCCUGUGGUCUAUUGAGAUUCUCUAUGUAGCAAGAAUGGGCAGAAUACAAGAAUGGACUUACAAGGA